AUGGAUGACAAACCAGAUUUAUCACAUUUAACUCCUGAAGAAAGAAGAAUUAUUGAAGAAGUAAUGAAUAGACAAAAACAAGAAGAGGCUAAAGAUGCCCAGUUAGUAAGUAAACAGAAUGUUAAAGAUCACACCAGUACUCCAUGCACUGCACAUAUUUCAAAUCCCAGUGAAAAAUCACCUAGCUCUACAAUAAUUAAUGGUGAAAUUGUGAAUAAAUUACAUAAAACUAGUAACACAAAUACCUCAUUACCAUUUGGAAGUACUGUAGCCAAUAUAAUGGCUGAAGCUGUACACGCAGUUAGUGGUAGUGGUGGUGGCGGCGGUGGCAGUAGUACUAAUACACCUGGAGUCACUGGUAUCGGAGGCAGUCAUACAGCCAAUGUAUGUGAAUCAUGUCAUAAAACUAAAUUUGCUGACAACUCUGGAAAUUCAUGUGUGUAUUGCAAGCGUAGAACGUGUACACGAUGUGGAAAUCAUUCAGAAGUCAAACCCAAUGUGAUUCAAUGGGUUUGUAAACAAUGUAUUCAAAAACUCGGUACUCCUGAAGGACAAAAAAUGUCACCCAACUCUACUUUACCCCAGCAUACAGAAACAUCUGUGAGUAGUAUUACUGGACGUUUAGGUGAAAGUAUUAAGAGUUUUAUAUCUAAACCAAAAACACCGGAUAUUAAAAGACAAUUACCCCAAGUUAACAUCAGAAAUCAGAAUCUACCGUACUCCCCAGAUGCAUCAAGUGGAAAUAGACUUCAAAAUGCUGGUUCAGGACGUGUACUUCCAAAACCCUAUUCUACAAUGCGAUCAAAUAGUUUAGAUGCAGAUAAAACAGCUUACAUUGGCCCAGAUCAAUCUAGGUAUUAUGGUGAUCAAAAAAGGCCAUAUGCGGAUAGAUAUUCUAAACAAGAUCAUACUCCUGGUGAGUAUGGUCAUGUAAGAUCAAGAAGAACAUCCGGUGAUUAUUAUGCCUCAGAUGAAUUUCAUCCUUACAGAGAAGUGCCAAGACAAUAUCAAUAUGAUUCAAGAAUGCCAAAUAAUGUUUACCUUGAUACAUUGUAUACCGGAGAUUCAUUCACUUCAGAUCCAUCAGAUUCUCCAUGUCAAAGUGGUGGCAGUAUAAAACAUAGUUUAUCCUAUGGAAGAACUUCUGCACAUGAUUAUCCUAGAUAUCAAGAAAUGGGAUAUAGAAGUGAUCAACACUUUGAUUCACAAUCACCAUAUUUAAAACCAAAUUAUUCAUCGAGUUCUUUUAGUUCACAAAAAAGGAAUAUUCCAAAUUGGGAAAAUUAUCGUUAUGGUGCUAUCCCACCAAGAUAUCGUGAUCAACUUCGUCAUCAUCAGUUGCAUCAUCUUUCAUUUAGUAGUUCUGAUGGAGAAGAUUUUAGUGUUGUUGAUGAUGGUUCAGUACAAUAUCAAGAGCCUAGACGUAGACUAUUACCGACUAAUUUUGAAAGAAAACCUUCACCUUAUUCUCAAGGGACAGUUACAGAUGAUGAUGAUCCAGCAAGUCAAUUUUUUAUUAGUAAACGUUCAACAACUCCAUACUAUGGUAGUCAGCUGAAACCACAUGUAUGGGAUCAAGAUCGAGCUUUAUCAUUGUGUGAUGAACCACCAAGAUAUCCAUAUGACUAUGAGACACAAUCUGAACAUCAUCGAAGACUUCCAGAAAACAAAAAUUCAGCAUAUCAAGGAGGUGUACGAUACAACCAUGAAGAUGGAACAAUUGUUACAACAAGGAGAUUACCGAAAGGUUCAUCAUCACAUCCAGUCACAUGGAAUGUUUCAGAAGACGGUAGACGUUUAAUUGGUCAUAUGAUACUUCGAAAGAAAUCUGAUCCUCAGUUUGGUGAACCAGGAUCUGUAUUAGGUCUUAAGUUAGCUGGUGGUCGACUUGAUCGAUCUAGACGUCUUUGUGCAUUUGUUACGCAAAUUAAACCAGGUAGUCCAGCAGACGUUGUUGGACAUUUAAGACCUGGUGAUGAAAUAUUAGAAUGGAAUGGACAAUCACUUCGUGGACUAAGUGCUGAUGAAGUCUCACAAAUUAUUUAUCAGUCAAAAGAUGAAAUACAAGUGGAAUUAGUUGCUCAAAGAGAGAUAAAUGAAACCGAGAAUACACCAACAGAUGAUGUUGUUCUAAUGGUACCGAGUCGUUCUGAAUGCAUGAAUUCAGAAGAAAUUGAUGCUGAAGAACAUAUCCCUAAAUCCAGUUUACAGCUCAAAUUAUUCUACGAUGAAAUCAAAUGUCAAUUAAUUAUCAAUAUAUUAGCCGCUCGAAAUCUACCAAUUAUUAAUCAAUCUUCCAGGGUUCCUUGUACCUAUUAUUGUAGUUUGUGCCUUCUUCCAGAACAAGAGGAAUACAAUUCUCGGUGUACAAAGGUAGUCAGCGGCAGCAUCAACCCUAUAUGGAAUCAAGCCUUUCGUUUUACAAAUUUUACAGAUAAUGAUUUGAAUAGUCAUCACUUAGAGAUUAUAAUAUGGAGCUGUGGAGACAGUACAGAUGAACAGUAUAAAAUUGGCGAGAUUGUAAUUGAUCUCAGUGUAGCUGAUCUGUUAGACGUUGCUUAUUGGUAUCCAAUACGAACAAUACAUCGAUUCUUCUCAACAUCAGAAUUAUCCAAUAUGAAUCCUGAAAUCGGUUCUGGGGCAUAUGAUAUGCAGUCAUAUGAAAAACAAAUUCCAGAAAAGUUGAUUAAACCAAGAUACUGUGAACCAGAACAAUGGUCACCUAGAUCUGUAUAUCAAGAUUCAAAUAUUCCUGAUGAGAUUCUAUCAAAACAAAGAUUAACAAGAGGCAAUCGAAAUGAAAUUAGACGUGAUGAUUACUCGGAUAUUGAUGAACAAAGAUUUGCUAGCAAUAUAAGACAGAAUAGAAAACCUACUGGACAGGAAUAUCAACAAAGAGGAAAUGAAGAACGUCAUCGAAGUUCAAGACGUAAUCCAAAUGCUCCAAAUUUCGAAUAUGGUAGAGUAGAAGAAAAUGCUAUACAGUCAGAUGCUUCAGAAUUUUCUGAUCUCUCUGAAUUUUCUAAAAUGAGUUUGCAUACAACACCAUCUGAUCAUCGACGCACAGAAUCAGCACAAAUGAUGCAUCGUACAGUUAACCAACAAUUUGAAACGCCUACUCAAUCUCAUGGUGAACGAUACUCUCGAAAUUCUAAACAAUCCGAUAGGCUAGAUCAGUCUUUUUCACCAUCUAGUGAACAACCAGUUAGAAUAAGAAGAGAUUCAAAUCGUUUAGAAAAAGAAAUGUCUGGUUCAACUGAUGAACGAAUGAUGCCUAAAGAUAGUGGCAGUUCUGAAGGUGGUUCUGGUCAAGGGACAUCUUCAACUGGUAGUCUUGGAGGUCGAGGUCCUCGGCCUUUAGGAGAAAAUAAGGCAUCAACUUCUGAAAUUGCUCAAAAUGUUGAAAGGGAUCCAAUGGAUGGAAGAAAAAGACGGCCUAAUAUAGGACAAAAGUUUUCAAAUGUUCUAGGAAGAUCUAGCAAGAGUAGCAGUACUUCAACUCUAGACAAAAAGUCAAGAACAAGCUUCCAAAGAAGUGAAGAAGUAUUACCAUUUGGUGGAUACGGUGCAAUUUUUGAAGGACAGGAACAAGAGGGUUCAUUUGGAAAUGCAAGAUCAUCAAUGAUGCAUCGUCAGCUUAGUAUAGGCAGUGGAAAAAGUGAUGGUCAAAAUCCUCGAUGCGGUACAAAUUCAGACAAUACAGAUCAAGACAGUAUUUAUAUGGGACGUAAUGAAUCACAUGUUGGAGAAUUUGUAGAAGGUCUUGGUCCUGGUCAACUAGUCGGUCGACAAGUACUUGGAAUGCCUUGUCUUGGAGAAAUACAACUAAGCUUUUAUGACCGUAAAGGUCAUUUAGAAGUUGAAGUUAUUCGUGCCAGAGGUUUACAACAGAAGAAUACAGCUAAACCGCUUCCAGCUCCAUAUGUUAAACUUCAUUUACUGGAAGGUAAACAGUCAGUAGAGAAGCUAAGAACCAUGUAUCCUCCAAGACGUACACUAGAUCCACUUUAUCAACAACAACUUUCUUUUUCAGUACCAUAUCAUGGAAAAAUUCUACAAGUAAGUGUAUGGGGUGAAUAUGGCCGUAUGGAUAAGAAGGUAUUUUUAGGAAUGUGUGAAAUUGUACUAGAUGAUCUAGACUUAAAAACAGUAGUUUUUGGUUGGUAUAAAUUAUUUGGAAUGAUAGCAUCGAAUGCACAUCAUCAUCAUCACCACCACCAUCAACAACAACAUCAGCAUACUCCUCAACAGAAAGGUCUACCAAUAUCAUCAUCAACUGCGCCUUGUGAUGAUUCAAAAACUAAUAAAGGUAGUAAGGUAACAGAAACAAAAACUGAAAAGCCUAUCAGCCGUCCCAGUCGUCAUAAUAAUGGUAAUAAUGAAAACACCAGUAACAAUGAACGACCCAAUCGAACAAAAUCUAAAUCAUCUCAAGAAGGGAAAUCAACACAACCAAGUUUAGGCAAGACAAAUGACGGAACAAUGUCGUCACAUCGUAAUCUUGGCUCACCACAUUCCACAAGAAGAUAG